AAGAUAUGGUCACCCUGAAUGAGAAUUCUUGAUGUACAUACAAAAAGCGAUCUAAAGUGUAGUACAGAAAAUAUUGAUUUAUAAUUAUCUGUACAAAGAAAGAUAUCAUUGUUUAUACAAAAUGACUGAUCAACGGGGGACUAGAGUUUAUGUCGGUAAUUUAACUGAUAAAGUUAAGAAGGACGAUUUGGAAGGCGAAUUUACAAAGUAUGGAAAACUGAAUUCAGUAUGGAUUGCAUUCAAUCCGCCCGGAUUUGCCUUUGUUGAAUUCGAGCAUCGUGAUGAUGCCGAAAAGGCAUGCGACAUUUUAAAUGGUUCAGAACUGUUGGGCUCUCAAUUGCGCGUGGAAAUUUCGAAGGGUCGACCUCGGCAAGGCAGGCGAGGUGGACCUGGCGACAGAGGACGCCGCAGCGAUGUCGGCAGACAUAGCAUAACAAACAGCAGUAGCAGCGGCGGAUUCAGACAACAGCGAGGCUCCAGUAGCUCCAGUAGUCGCAAUUUCGAUCGCAGUUACAGUUCCGGUCGCUCAAGCGCCAGCUAUGGCGGUGCCAGGGACGGAAGUACUAACGGAUUCAGUCGUCGCGAUGUCUAUAAUGGCGCAAGGGAAAGCAGCCGUUACGGUGGUGGAUCUAGUGGAUCCAGCUAUGGCCGGAAUGGAGGAGGACAAGGUGGUGGACGCUUCAGAUCUCGGUCACCAGUGGGCAAUCAUCGAUUCUAAAACCCAACCAUUCAAUUUGCAGCUGUUAAUAGAACAAUAUUAAACGUCUGAUACGACCCAGCUACCAAAUGAAAUCAUUGCUAAUAUGUACAUACAUAUUUUAAAAACAAUUUUUAAGAUUUGGUUUAUAAUCAAUAAGGAAUGCAUUCUAUUAAAACUUACUUCUAUGCUAGGAGAUCAGCUUUUGGAAAAAUAUUCGAAUACUAUUUAUUUAACAUACAAAUUGCAUCAAAGUAAAUUUUUAUAUAUUCAAAUUUAAGAAUUAAAUUAGCCAACUAUAAAAAAAUAAUUAAGUUACAUAUACUUAAAAAGAAAAAUCAAUAUGGAAUAAGUUUUUGAACGCCUAGAAUACGAAAAUCUAAUAAAGUCAAAUCCAUAUUUCAUACUUACGUACGCAGAGUAUAGUAUAUAGAACUUA